AUGCUGCAUGGUUAUCCACUCGCGUCAUGGACUGGAGCAGUUCUGCUGGACAGCUCGCAUCAGGCCACGGACGUGAAUGCGCCGCCAGACAUCAUGUCCGUACUACGACGUGAAUCAUUGAAAUCUUGGCUAAGGCACCGUGGGACGAACCGCAUCUUCGUAUGUGGGUUGGCAAUGGAUCUGUGUGUGCUUGAUACUGCCAUCAACGCAGUUAGCGCCGGGUUUCGGCACAUUCACAUGGUCAUGGAUGCUUCCCGAGCAGCUCACCUCCCAAGUAUGGGAAAGUUCGGCACCGGCUUCCUGACCGACCCUGCGUCAAUCCAGCAGAAGCUGAAGGCAGCAGGCGUGACUGUCGUUCCCACGGCUGCGCUUCUGCCAGGCUUUGUUCCAUACAACCCGGUCGGAGAGAAGGAGAUGCUCAAGUACGGCUUUCCGAAGACACUCGGACCAUUCGCCUUGGUCCGUUGCCGAAAACUUGCUCUCUUCGUCGACCGGGCGGCCCGGCACAAGCAAAGAGUUGGGUCCCGUGACGCUGAGUACGUAGAGCGCUUUGCCGAAGAAUUUAUGGGCUACUGGCUCUGGGUCAAGCGUGACCGUGAGAAGUUUGAUGCUCAAGCCAGCGGAAAUUCGUGGGACACGGUGGGCUUGGAGCUGAACGAGGAUGGCGAGUUCUUUCGUCACUACAAGAACGGCCGGGAACCCGAUCGCCUCGAAAUACCAGUGGCAGCUUCGCAAGGCGCCAUGAACUUGCUGUCGGCUGCCUUGGGGGAGUGGUUCGACAUCUUCGAGCAGCUGCAGCGAGAGUUCCACUUGGAUCUCGCGCGCUUGACGCAGAAUGGGGCCCCUGCGCGUGCACCGGCUUCCCGGCAACAAGUGCCAGGACUUCGGCAAGUGGCAUGGCGCCGUCAUGGGGGCCGUGGUGGCUGGUUUGUAGAGUCGGAGAAGGCAGAGACAACACUUCCCGCUUCAAAGCUGACUGUUGUUUGUGGGAUAUCAGAGGAAUUAUCUUCUGUUUCUCUGCGAGACCCAAGAAGCGAGACCUACGAAGACGUAGGGUCGCAUGUCCAGGGCUUGUAUGUCAAAUUGGCAGGAUCCAGGGCAUGUCGGCAUUUUGAGCUUCCUGAAGAGCUCACAGAGGAGUCGUUGGCUCCGAUCCUUUUUUGGGUGGACAGCGUCCCGACCGGUGCAAUUGUUUUGAUGGCUGCAGUCGGGCUUCCAAGCGAUUUCGCAACAGUUCUGCAGAUACUCGCGCCCCUCGGCGUGCCUCAAGUGCCACCACCCAAGAGCAGUAAAGUCCUGGCUUGCAUCUCGACAUGUCAGCGCCCACGGGCAGUCGAGGAGGCUGCGGAAGAGCCCCCAUGUGCACACCAUGCUUCACCAGAUAUAGCUUAUGCUUCGUUGAUGAUGGAUGAAAGCUGUAUAUAG